AUGUCCAAAGACGAUAUCAAGAGCACCAUCCCCGUCGAGGAGCACCAAACAGCCUACGAUAAGGGCGAGCUUCUGGAAGCAAGCAGCGACGAAACAGUCUCCCGGCUCAAAUGGAAGCUGGACCUACGUCUACUCCCUCUUCUAUGUCUCACCUACGCUCUCCAAUCCAUCGACAAAACAACGCUGAGUUACGCCGCCGUCUUCGGUCUCCAAGAUGACCUGCACCUAACAGGGUCGGAGUACUCGUGGCUAGGCGCGAUCUUCUACCUAGGAUAUCUGGUCUGGGAGUUUCCGACGAAUAUCAUGCUCCAGAAACUCCCUGUCAAUCACUUUAUGUCGGCGACUGUCAUCAUCUGGGGCGCUGUCCUGAUGUGCCACGGCGCAUCGCAUAAUUUCGCAGGACAGGCGGCGGCGCGUACAUUCCUUGGUGUGUUCGAAGCUUCAAUCAACCCCGGUACAAUGCUGCUGUUCUCCAUGUACUACUCGCGCAGUGAGCAGCCUCUCCGAAUGGGUAUCUGGAUUGGCUCUGCUGGACUCGGCUAUGUGAUUGCCGGAAUCGCGAGUUUUGGAAUCGGACAUAUCCAGGCUGCGAUUGCGAGUUGGAGAAUCCUUUAUAUCAUCUGGGGUGCGAUAACCGUGGCAUGGGGUGUGGUCCUGCUGGUCUUCCUGCCGGGGUCUCCACUAACCACGAGGUUUCUGGACGAGGGUGAACGAGGCCUGGUUCUGGCUAGGGUUAGGAAUAAUGGAACAGGUGUUGAGGAUAAGAAAUUCAAGUGGCCGCAGUUUAUGGAGGCGAUGAUGGAUCUCAAGACGUGGUUGUUGUUUCUCUUUGCGGUGGCUAGUAAUUCGCCGAAUGGGGGGUUGACUUCGUUCCAAGGCCUGAUUAUCAAGGGGAUGGGAUUCUCUACGUUGAAGACGACACUGAUCCAGAUGCCGUCUGGUGGUGUGCAGCUCAUCAUCUGCCCUCUUGCCUGCUUCUUUGCAACUCACUACCCCAACUCCCGUAUUCUCAUUAUGCUCCUCUGCAUCCUCCCCUUCCUAGUCGGUGUCCUGGGCCUCUGGCUCCUCCCCUCCUCAAACCCCUACGGCCGCCUCGUCUGUCUCUGGAUCUCCUUCGCAUACACCGCAGCCUGGACACUCUGUAUGUCCAUCGCAACAGCCAACACGGCGGGCCACACGAAGAAAAUCACCACGAACGCCAUGGUGAUCAUCGGGUACUGCCUUGGCAACUUUGUCGGUCCGUUCUUCUUUAAGAGUGCCCAGGCGCCGGUUUACGAGCUCGGAGUGGGCAUGAUGUUCUUUUGUAUCGGGGUGCAGGUAUUCUGUUUACUGGGGUUGUGGGGAUUGCUUUGGAUCAGGAACUGGAAGAGGAGGACUGUUUAUAGGGAGGCCGGGGUUGAUGAUGGGGUUCGCCAGACGAUGGCGUAUGAGAGGGGGAUGAGGGAUGAGACGGACUUGGAGAAUGAGUAUUUUCAGUACGUGUACUAG